GUUCUGCCUGACGCCGAUCCUCGAUAAGAGAGGAGAGUGUCACUAAUUAACGACAGACAUUCCUGGACUUGAUGGCCAAAUGAAUCCCUCAGAUAUUAGUCGACUCUCCUGGUCCUUCUUCACCCUGCUGACAGCUGCUUGUCAGAGUCCAGAUGAAUGCCAAAGCUCCCUCCAGGAUCCGAUGAUUACAGGGCAGCUGAGCAAGCCGCUGCUCUCCCUGCGCAGCGACAUGAGCGCAGCAGAACUCCGGGCGGACAACAAAGCGGCCACCCCAGACAGCGAUCUGAACGACGAGCCCCUUCUCCUGCCCUCCGAAGCCACGGACAGAGAGGGCACUCCCAACAAGCUGUACGGAGCUCGUGACGGUUCGGUCCAGUCUGACACCAGCAGCAGUCCUUCUGAGCAGAGUCACCUGGGCCAGUGCCACCCAGCAUUCUCAAUGGGUCCACAGUCUCUCCUCGUGGCCCAGCAGCUGGCCAAUGCGGUAGGCGGCGUGAUGUCCGGGGCGGCGCAAGGCAUGAACCAGCCCAUCCUCAUCCCCUUCAACGCAGGCGGGCACCUGGGCGGGCAGCAGGGCCUCGUUCUCUCUCUGCCCACAGCCAACCUCCAGAGCCUGGUGGCUGCUGCUGCUGCAGGGGGCAUCAUGACGCUCCCUCUCCAGAACCUGCAAGCUACCUCAUCACUGAACUCCCAGCUCCAACACCUGCAGCAGCUCCAACAGAUGCAGCACCACCACCACCAGCAGCAACAGCAGCAACAAAUCCAACACCAUCACCAACAGACCCUCGCCCACACCCAGAACCAGCUGCCAUCCCAGCAUCACAUGACCCCGCCAAGCCAUCAGCAGACCUCUGUCCCGUCUCCAGGCUCUACCUGCUCCUCCACCUCUGGACAACAGCAGCACUCCCCGCCACACCGACCCAACCACUCGCCGGCGCGCAGCCUUCCUUCGCCCGUCACCCCACCCAUGCCUUUGACGCUGAAUCCAUUGGCCAGCCAGGCGGCGGUAGCAGCGGCAGCAGCAGCAGCCAUGGGAUCCAUCGCUGGUUCUCAGGUGUUCGGCAACACCCUGUCAAACCUGCAAGGAGCCACCGGACAGCUGGUCACCAACGCACAAGGACAGAUAAUUGGAACAAUCCCACUGAUGCCCAACUCUGCAGGGCCCUCCAGCCAAUCAGGGGGUGGCAACCCAGCACUGCAGGUACAGCCAAUUACACCUCAGCUUCUGACCAACGCUCAAGGCCAGAUCAUCGCCACGGUGAUCGGCAAUCAGAUCCUGCCUGUCAUCAACACCCAGGGAAUCACGCUGUCACCAAUCAAGCCUGGACAGCAGAUGCCUCAGGCUCAGCAGGGUCAGAUAGGCCCCGCAUCGUCUCAGCCCAACCUGCUCCACAUGCCACACAGACAGAGUCCUCUCCACCAGGCCUCUUCCUCCUCCUCCACCUCCUCCUCUUCUUCGGCCCUCAGCGUGGGGCAGCUGGUCAGCAAUCCGCAGACCGCCCCCAGCGAGGUGGACGGGGUCAACCUGGAGGAGAUUCGUGAAUUCGCCAAAGCAUUCAAGAUCCGCCGUCUGUCUCUGGGCCUGACACAGACUCAGGUGGGCCAGGCGCUCAGCGCCGCCGAGGGGCCGGCGUACAGCCAGUCUGCCAUCUGCAGACACACCAUCCUGAGAAGCCACUUUUUCCUACCACAGGAAGCCCAAGAGAACACUAUAGGUAGCAGUCUGACAGGCAAACUGAACCCUGGCCUUUUAUAUCCUGCCAGGUUUGAGAAGUUGGACAUCACCCCUAAAAGCGCCCAGAAGAUUAAGCCCGUUCUGGAGCGCUGGAUGGCCGAGGCCGAAGCCCGCCACCGAUCCGGCAUGCAGAACCUGACUGAGUUUAUCGGCAGCGAGCCUUCCAAAAAACGCAAGCGGAGGACCUCUUUCACCCCGCAGGCGCUCGAGAUCCUCAACAGCCACUUUGAGAAGAACACACACCCCUCCGGACAGGAAAUGACGGAAAUAGCCGAGAAACUGAACUAUGACAGGGAGGUGGUGCGUGUCUGGUUCUGCAACAAGAGACAAGCUUUGAAAAACACAAUAAAGCGUUUGAAACAGCCCGAGCUCGGCCCGGCUGCACCAAUGGACCCUCUCACUGAUUCUCUAGAGGAGCUCCCGAAAUGAACGAGCUCUCGGGCAAAAAACAGUGGAGUGGAAAAGUGGCAGCCGUUAAAAACAACAAAGGUGGAUGACCUCAUCUUGAAAUGAGAACAUAAAAUGCUCCCAAGUCACCCGGAUGGACAGAAAUGAGUUUGCAAACAAAACCUAUGUGUUGUCAGUGUGAUUACCACAGCUAUGUAAAUGACCUUGGCGAAACCAAAAACAUGAAAAAAGAGAUUAAUAUCUGAGAAUUAUGUAAAAACAUACGGUGUGCUGUUUCAAAGAGUUUUAGAUUCUGGCCUUACAGACCAGACUAUCGCCCAAAUUUUGGUUCCCGCGAGGAGGGAUUUAGUAAAGAGAUCAUACCAAAUCAAAACACUAUUUACCAAAGUCUGUUGCAUCUGAGUACUAAGAAUAAUUUUGUAAUGUAAAUGUGCUCUAAAUUUUUACAUUUGUACUGGCAAAUCUAAGCUAUAUGUGUGAGGUUGAGUAUACAUUUUAUCUUUGUCUCGCUUACUUUUCUCUUCAUUGUUUGUAUGUAAAUAUCUGAGGAAAAAAAAGAAAAGAAAAACAACAGGAAAAUGCCGUCAUCGAAUUGAAAUCACACCGAUAAAGUUUCUCUUUUGGACAAAAAAAAUGGAACCUUUGCUGUUAAACAAUUGCAUAAUAAUGUCGUUUGCCUCUGAUUUGUGUUUCAUCUGCAAAUAUUUUCAGUCACGGUGUAACUUUGUACAACUUUUACAGGUAUUUAUUAAUAAUUUCAUGAGAUUGUUUCAGAGGACGAACAGGGGGGGAGUAAACUAAGGACUUUCACAUGAUGAUGAUGAUGAUGAUGAUGAUGAUGAUGAGGGGUUUCAGUGUCUGUCAAAUCUACUGCAGCUUUGUUUGAGCUACUGUGUCAUUCUGUUGCCAAAGCCUGAAAGCCAAAGAACACAUACAUUUCAGCUCAAGGACUGGUCAAGAUUCUACCUGUUUUUUAUUUCCUGUUUCACGCGGCUUUCUUCAUCCUUUUUAUCUAAAAUGUUUUACUCUGUGGGAAAAUGUGUCGGAUGGAUUUUCUUUUAAGCUACAUUUGCUUCUGCAUGCUUCAACUCGAAUCACACGCGGGAUUAUUUACAGCCUCGACUCGGAUCCAUUUCACCAGGCGACCCAAAAAUGAACAUUAUACCCGCAUAUUUCUUAAAAAAAACAAAGGCAUUAUUUUACAAUCAUGGCCUAAAACAUGUGUGGUUGAAGCCUGUCUGUUGCCACUGACCAAACUACUGAGCUCAUUCCAGUUCAGAUGUUUUUAUAACCUGAAUAAUAUGCUUUUCUGCUUAGAUAAAUGUUGUUUCCUUCAUAUUGUGCUUUCCUCUCAGCUAAGGGAAGGUUUACAAUUAACAAUUUUAAGAGAAAUGUGAUUUCUACUACAGUAAAAUGCUUAAAAAGCUUCAUUUCAACAGAUUCUCUUCAAGAUUUCACAUAUUUGUGGUGUUUUUUUGUGUCGAUUAACUCUCCAUCACUUUGUACUAAGCUGUUCAUGUUACAUGGUUUUACCUUGUGAGGAAAAUGUCAUUAUUCCAACGCAAGAACAUCCACGCAAAUAUUUGGCUCUCACGAAAACCCUCACAGGAAAAGACAAAAAAAAAAAAAAAAGAGGUGAAUGUUGAGAAUAAGUGUCACAUGUCAGAACGAGUGAACUUAAUUUGAAGUGAGGCGAAAUUUGAUGCAAUUUAUUCAGAAUCAUGUGUCUCCUCGAUAUCUGUCCUUUCAUGUCACAUUGGUUAUCUUUCAGUCCCCUGUGCACUGCUGUGUUCUUCUUCACUGCCUGGAAAACACGCACGCAAACACACUCUGUAAAUGUUCGAAAACACAUGACAUGUCUGGGUUUUUAAAGAAGUAAGUGAGGUCUGCAGACUCCUUCGGUGCACAGAUAUUAGUUUGUGUUAUUUUAACUAUGUAUUUAAAUUGCAUUUACAUCUACAGCUACUUCAUGUUUUUGUCGUAUUUCCACCUUUUUUAUGUUGCAUCCAAUAUUUCAAAUCUUUGGCCAAGAAACUACACGUCUGCAUCCACCCACCAGACACAUGAGAAAGCAGCAGGCUCCUGCAGGUAGAAUAUGGAUCUGUUCUGAGGCUUAACAAUAAAGCUGUAACCAAAACCAAAAAAAAAAGAAAACACAGAAAGGAGUUAUGCCUUUGCUCAACUUUUCAAUGCUGGACCAAAGCUCUAUAGUUAUGCACAUUGUACAGAGAAAUAGAUUCAUGAUGUUGACAAUCUUUAAAAAAAAAAAAAAGAAGUGAGAUAAAAGAAUUGAAGA